UCUCACAGCAUCAGCAGCUGGGUGUCGAUAAUAAUAAAUUCCACUUUUAUUUAUUAAUUCGACUUUAGAUUACGUGACAAUCGCCAUCGAAUCUCAGACUGCCAUCCUUCGUCACUUCGAAAUAUUUACAUUAGCAGCAAACUGGGUAGAGUAAUGAUGAUAUGAUGGAAUUUACUUGUAACUAACGGUAACACAGGACGCGAUGCCGUGAGUGACCAGUGCAGCCAGUUCAGAACUAUUUCUAGAUGAGACCUUUCAGAGAUCUGUCCACUUAAAAGAUGUCUCUAGAGGAAAACGGUAAGAUGGACAGUAGCACGGGGGCACAUCGGAUCCACCCAGCGUCCGACGGCCAAGUACAGUAAGCUGACCAAUAGCCUCCGUGUGCUGACCACUGGCUCAAUGCAAUGCUCUAUGUUCUGUGGAGGAAAAGGCUGUAAAUAUGACAAUCCUUCCAAGUGGAGCGAGGAUCAGAUGGCUAUCAAAGGACUUUUUUCUCAUUGGGUGACCAAGAGGAUUCUUGCCAUGUCCAGACCAUCAACGGACGCUGUCAAAAAAUAUGAUAUCAUUGGACAAUUCAAGGAGCAUGGAAUAAAAGCAGUAAUAAAUCUUCAGACACCCGGAGAGCAUGCUCAUUGUGGACUAGGCUUGGAGCCAGGAGGGUUCUCCUACGAUCAAGAACAAUUCAUGGAUAAUGAUAUUUUCUUCUACAAUUUUGGAUGGGACGACUACGGGGUCAAGUCUUUGACCUUCAUACUGGACAUGGUCAAAGUAAUGACCUUUGCAAUAAAGGAAGGAAAGGUUGCUGUUCAUUGCCAUGCUGGCCUUGGUAGGACGGGAGUAUUGAUUGCAUGUUAUCUGAUAUAUGCCAAGAGAUUUGAUGGAGACCAUGCUAUUCAUUUUGUGAGAGAAAAAAGGCCAGGUUCGAUUCAGACGAAGGGUCAAGUGGAAUGCUGUCAACAAUUUGCUCAGUUUCUCAUUCCUCUUCGAGUUGUAUUUUCAUCAUGUGAUCCAUGCUCUUUCCCUUUCACGUUACAACAAUUCUUAAACAGACAAAAACAUCUCCUCCAUGCAGAGAGCAGAGAACUAAAGCAUAUACCAAAGAUUGUCAAAAUUGUAUGCGUGCGUCUCCAUCAACUGGCCAAGAUCAAAGACGUCCACUCGUCCAGCAUCAUAGGCAGGACCGACAGCGUGGACACGCUGAAGAAACUCACCCCAGGAGCGUUCCAGGACAAAAGACAUUCCGCAGAGGACAGUGCCCUUGAAGAGGACAAAACCAGGAGAUACAGUCUUGACCCAGUGAGCGAGAGCAACGGACUCAGUCCGUCCGCUGCCGAGGCUCACAGGCUGGUCUCUCCAGGACGGAAGAGUCCGAACUUAGACUUUAGGAAGCUGCACCUGAAUGACAGUGCCACAGUGUCCAGUUCCGAAGACGAUGCCAUGUCCAUCGGGAAGACUCACCAUAAGAGACUUACGACGAGCCAUUCUGCGGAUUCCUUGGGCACGUCCGGUCUGUCGAGACCAAGGAUCAGUGAUUCUCUGCUGUGCAAUUCUUCGGUGAUGAACAUGCAAGAAGAUGGCGAUGUUGAGUUGGUAGCAGAUGCUAUGGGUCUGGAUACCAGGUUAAGACAAGGGGAUGGGGAUGGAGAUGAUGAGGAGGAUGAACAAAAUGAUGCAGUGGAAGAGGGCGGAGUUGCCGCUGCUUUACUGAAUCUCAAGCAUAGAGUGGAGUCAUUACAGCACAAUUUGAAUCAGAGUCAUUCAGCGUGGAAGAUAUUAGCGACGGAGGAAGAUCCAUUUGUGCUUGCUGCCCUCAUGUGGUCGUGGCUUGAACAUCUGAAGGAACCAGUCCUCCAGGGAAGUGACAUGGAGAAACUGGUUGAUUAUUCUGGAGACGUGCUGAAAUCUUUAACUGUACUUGAAAAAAUGCAGAAGUUAACCGUUGAUUGCAUUCUAAAGACAAUUGCAGGCCUAAGACCGAUAUCCGAUUAUGUGGAAGCAAGGCUUAUUCACCGCUUCAUUUCAGCAAUCACCCAUAGACAUCAUGAUGAUAAUAAGGAUUUUCUGAAAUUUGUGAACGGAUACGUCAGUGCGUUGCAAUCAACUAUGCCCCCCGUGAAGACAAGAGGGGCGCAUCCCAGCUCUUCAAAGCCACCAGAGGUGAAGGACUUAGUGCCCGAAAAGAAAAAAGUGGUGGAGGAGAAAAAGAAAGCGAAAGGAAAGAAAAAGAAAGAGAAGUCACCUAGAAAGGAGGAAGUGAUUCUCAAGAAACAGGAGAGGGAAAAUGACCAGAGAUCGUCAGACGAUGAAGAACCGUUGACAUUUGUUGUUCCAAAGACAAGGGGCAAUGCUCUGCCCCCCAUCUUCUGAAAAGAGGGUAAUACCCUGCCUCCCAUUUUCUGAAAGGGGAUAAUGCUUUUAUACCUCUCAUCUUCUGAAAAGAUUAAUGCUCUACCGCUCAUUUUGUGCAAGGGUAAUGCUUUGCCCCUUAUCUUAUAAAGAGGGGGUAAGUGUUUUACCCCUUAUCUUCUGAAAAGGGGGAUGCUUUACCACUCACCUUCUGAAAAGGGGUAUUGCUUUACCUCUCAUCUUCUGAAAAGGGGUAACUCUUUACCCCUCAUCUCCUUAAAGGCAUAUUGCUCUACCCAUCAUCUUCUGAAAGGAGUAAUGUUCUUCCCCUCAUCUUCUGAAAGGGGUAACGAUUUACCAUUCACCUUCUGAAAAGGGUAAUGUUUUGCCUUCCAUGUUUGGAGUAGGGGUAAUUUUUUACUGCGUAUCUUUUACAAAGGGGUAAUUCUUUGCCUCCCAUUUCUCAAUCAAGUCAAGGAGAUCUGUUUUGACUGACUCUUGAACGCAUCUUUACCCGUCUUCAUUCCAUUAGAAGUGUAACAAAUCUGAAAUGAAUAUAGGAUAUUUUUUUCCUGAGAGAAUCUCUUCCUUCAUCCUUCCAAAAUCGUAGUGUGCUCUUAUUAUCUUUUUAUGUCACUGUUAGAUUCAUGCUGGAUUGGGACUACUGUCAACAUUAUUUUGCCAAAAAAUUGCUGAAUGUAGAAAGUUUACUUGAAGAGUUAUACUAUCUUAUACACUUGUAUAAAAGCAAGUUUUUAAAAAAAAUCUGAAAAAAAAUAACUAUAGUCUGUAUUCAAAUUUUACUGGCAGAGAUUUUUGUAUUUCUCUAUAUCUUAUUAAGCAUAAUACGUAAUGAAUAUAUGUAUUUUUACAUUUAACUGAUAAUUAUUGAUUCAUUGUGUAAUUAUUGUUUGUUGAUGUGGUAUUCUUGAUUCACAACCUUUGUCACAUUUGUGAACUUUUUUAUCAAUAAGAGAAUAUAUUUUGGGUGUUCCGGAGAAAGUGGAAUGGCAGGUUUUAAGUACUUUCCUUACAAAAACUUGAAAUUUGUUAAUAUUGGAAUAGGAAUGAAACAAGAUCAUAGAAUUUGGUUGUAAAUUACAAUUUCAUUACUUUAUCCAUUUCACUAUUUAAUGCAUAGAUAGCCUUACCUGAUACGACAUACACCCGUUUGAAGGUUCAUUCCACUUAAUUCUUUUCUGUCAUCCAAGUUUGCAGUAAUUUGAAAAUGUCUGAAUUCUUUGAAAUGUGCACAGAAUAAAAACUAAUGAUCUUGAUAUCAUUCUCUUUGUCAGAAGAUGCUUCUUCCAACAAUUUAAACAAAUAUCAAACACUAUGUAAUAAAAUUGCUUAAAGUCUUAUGUUAUGCUGUUUCAGGACACCUGGUAUAAAAAAACAAGUUUGAUUACAUACGAAUUCAAUUAUUCUUAUAAAAAGAACUAAACAUUCUGAGUUUGAUCUAAUCAUAUACUGUAAAUCUUGAAAGAAUUCUUUAUAAAUUGUGUACUUCAGAAAAUCACAUAUAUGUGAAGAUCACCAAAGGAUGUGAAUAAAUAUCAACCAAAAGAAUAAUAAAAUAUGUCUUCAUUCCGUCCAGGAUUCUGAUGAAACGUUUAUCCAAGAUUUAGAAGCAUAUUUACGUUUGCAUGGUAUGAUAUUUUUUGCUGUAGGCAAAGAGAAAUGGGUUAACACACGUGCAAUACUUACAAUGUAUCAAUAGGCAAUCCUUAUAACUAAAUUGGUGUAAAACGUAAUGGUUAAAUGCAUAAGAAUUUGAAAUAAGUUGAUUCAACGCUAGAGGAUUCGAAUAAAGAUUUUCAUUGAACUUUGCAAGAUUGUAGUUAAAACUAUAAUCUUAAAGGUAAAACAUUGAAAAAAUAGGGUCCAUGAAUGUCUUCGUCUCUUGUUGCCGCUAUAGAUCUGGAUUUGCUUAAAAAGCUUCCUGGAAAAGCCGGGAAUCUAACUCAAGACGAAGAUGGACGUUUUGCUACGCUCCCUAUUUCCAUCAAAUUGAACAGAUUUGUCAUUUUCAUUUAGUGCCUAGGAUAUCUAAUAGUACAUGACAUUAAUUUUGUGAAACAAAAUGGGGCUGAUGAAUUUGUUUCCUCUGAUCAGUCCCAUAACAUUGCAUUAUGAAAGAUGUGUCAAGCAAUGUUUGAAUGCAUAGCUGAGUCCCAUCUAAUUUGAUAGCAGUUGCACAGUGAUAGUGAUGCAAAAUAUUUUGUCAGGAUGUGCUCAGUCUGAACAGUGGAAUUACUCCCUUAACCCUAAAUAGACUGGGCUAUUUCGACGCCUAAGAAGACUGGGGGGGCUGAUUCAGCCCCCCCCCC